ACCAAAUCUCCCGCUCUUCCCUACUGACAAAAAGAAGAAAGCCAACAAUGGCAGCCACUGCCCAGCCCAACAGAGUGCAGCAACAGCAGCAAGUAGUUAAGGGUAGGGACCAUCCAAAGUUCUUGCGGAUGAGCGAUGACACUACAAUGAUGAAGCAAAUUCAGGCAACUCAUACCCCAGAUGGUCGAGAGGUUGAGGUCAAGCCUAUUGUCCAAGUCAUUGAGGACAUCCUGAAUCAUGCCACUCCCGCCAUUGAUGGGACCCUAUAUGGCAACCCUCCACACCUUGAGGCGUUGGAGGACAGGAGCAGUCAGGAUGGCCUCCAUGGCAUCCUAGAAGAACUGGCUUAUACUAUACAGAAGCUUUCAUGCGAGUUAUCAUGCAAAUGCUCGGGUGGAGGGGACGCUCAUGCGACGACUAUGGCUGUAUUCAACAUGCUUUCCCACUAUUCCUGGGAUGCAAAGGUGGUGCUAUCCCUGGCUGCAUUCGCUGCAAACUAUGGGGAGUUCUGGCUGGUCAUUCAGCUUUACGCUACAAACCCUCUUGCAAAGUCAGUGGCUCUCCUCAAGCAAUUGCCUGACAUCAUAGAACAUGGAAACUCCUUGAAAUCCCGGUUUGAUGCAGUCACCAAACUUAUCAAGGUAAUGUUGGACGUGACCAAGAGUAUCAUUGAGUUCAAGGAGCUACCAUCUCUUUACAUUUCACCAGACAUGCCUCCAAUGUCAAGUACCAUGGCUCAUAUCCCCACUGCUGCCUACUGGACCAUUCGAGGCAUUGUAGCUUGUGCAUCCCAGAUCAUAAGCCUUAUAGGCACGAGCAAUGAGUACACCUCAUGGACAACCGAAUCAUGGGAACUGUCAACCCUGGCUCAUAAGGUCAGCAGCAUACACGAGCACCUCAUACAGCAACUAAUUAUCUGCCAUCAGCAUAUCGAGGAGAAGAAACAGUUUGAAAGUUACAACAAUCUGGUGCGCAUUUUUGAAAUGCCCCACCUCGACAACCAGAAGGUUUUGAAGACACUGAUUUAUGCCAAGGAAGAUAUACAACCACUGCUGCAAGGCAACACCAAGGUUAAUAUUGAAAUACUAAGGCGAAAGACUGUGCUAUUGCUAAUAUCAGAUCUUGAUCUUUUGCAUGAGGAGAUUGUGAUUCUCCAUAAAUUUUAUAGAGAACAGAUAAAGAGUGAUGUUGAGUAUGAGGUGGUGUGGCUUUCAGUGGUGGACAGGUCAAAACCAUUGACUGAAGAGAAUCAAAACAAGUUUCAUGAACUGCAAAAGGAGAUGCCAUGGUACACACUGCUACACCCUUCAUUGCUUGAGCCAGCAGUGGUCAGAUACAUUAAAGAGGUGUGGCAUUUCACCAAGAAGGCAAUAUUGGUGGUAUUGGAUCUACAAGGAAAAGUAGUAUGCCGAAAUGCACUCCACAUGAUGUGGAUAUGGGGAAAUACUGCUUAUCCUUUCACUAAUUCGAAAGAGGAAUCACUUUGGAAGGAGGAAACUUGGAGACUGAAGCUGCUGGUAGAUGAUAUUGAUGCAACCAUAUUUGCUUGGGUGAACCAGGGGAAAUACAUUUGCAUGUAUGGAGGAGUGAACUCUGACUGGAUCCUGAACUUUAACACAGCAGCACGGGAAGUUGCAAAGGCUGCAGGCAUUCAACUAGAAAUGGUUUAUGUGGGAAAGAGCAACGCCAAAGAGCAAGUGCGGAAGACCAUUACAUUUAUCGAUUCUCGAAGUCUUGGUUACUGCUGGACUGACCCCACUAACAUUUGGUUCUUCUGGACUCGAAUGGAGAGCAUGUUGUACUCGAAGACACAACAUGGCAAGACCAUUGAGAAUGAUUCUAUAUUCGCAGGGGUCCUAACGAUGCUUAGCUUUGAUGGCAGUGAUCAAGGAUGGUCUGUGAUCUGCCACGGACCUACGGAGAUGGCCAAAGCCAAGGGAGACAUGAUUUUAAAAUGCUUUACAGAGUACAGCGAUUGGAGCGACAACGUUCAGCAAAAUGGUUUCAUGCCCGCACUGAAUGAGCACCUCCAAAAACUUCACACUCCAGAACAUUGCAACCGCCUCAUCCUUCCUGGGAUCAAUGGAGACAUCCCAGAAAAGGUGGUCUGUGCAGAGUGCGGCCGCCCAAUGGAGAAGUACUUUAUGUACCGCUGCUGUACUGAUUAAGCUACAGAUCCUAGCAUGAUGUAUAACAUGCUUAUGGUGAAGCCUAAUCGUGUUUAAGUUUGAUCGAGAGGAUUCAUAUUUUGCACUCGUUUUCAUAUUACUAGUAGCCUACAACUAUGUUUCUGUAGUUUCCAAAUGUUUGCAUGUAUGAAGUGCCUGGGACUCUAGUCCCUCUUUAUGCUAGUGUGCUCUAACAACGUGAUAUGGUUAUUAAUGAUGUUGUGUGAA